UCGACAAGGUUAACAAACUCAUCGACAACCAACCCUCUCAACCCUAAACCCACCGUUCUCCACGCCAUUCUCCAUUCUCCGUAUCUGGACGAGACUGCUCAAUCUUCCUCCGGUUACAAUGCCCGUGCUGGCCAUACCAUUGCAGCUUUAAUCAGGGAAAAUGAUGAUUUCUUUGAGUUAAUAUCUUCAAAGUUUCUCACUGAAACUAGAUACUCCACUUCAGUUAAAGCUGCAGCUGCCAGACUUAACUGUUGCCUCACUUUGAUUUAUCCUGAUGUUUUUGAAGAAUCGGCCGCUGUCGGAAGCAUGAUAAAUUGGCUGAUGGAUGACAAUCUUAGAUUUUCUGGUGAAGAGCAAAAUCAGAUAGACGAGGCAUCAGAUUCUGAAAUGCUGAAAACCUAUUCCACUGCACUCCUUGCUGUGUGUUUGACUGGAGGAGGUCAAGUACAAGUAGUGGGAGAUGUUUUGACAUCUGGCUUGUCAGCUAAGCUUAUGCGCUAUCUUCGCUUACGUGUGCUGGGUGAGACGAGUGGCAGCCAGAUAGAUACUAGUCAUUUAACAAAAAGUAGACAUUCAUCUGGGGAUAUUUCAGUAAGAGGUAAAGAUGAUGGUCGCAGUAGGUUUCGCCAGCAGCUCCUGGAAUCGAGUCACUUGGAUGAUGAUGCAAGGGUGAUUGAUGAGAGGUCUUUAGAUGACCUAACACUUGAUAGGGGUCAGGAUAGAAGCAUUAGUGGACAAACUUGUCAAGAAAUUUCAUGGAUAGAUGGUGAACCACCUUAUUGGCUCAAUGAAGGGGCUGAUAUCUGCGAGGUAGAUUCUGAUGGGGAAGAAAGAUGGCACUGUAGAGAUAUAUGUGAUGGAAGGAUAAAAUAUGGUGAACAGGAAGACGAUGCUAGAGAUGAAUCUUCAAGGCGGCGUGCAGACCGUGGAUGGGGAAGAUUCAGAGGGAAAGGAACGGUCAAUGAUGGGACGGUAGAAAGUGAACUAGUUUUGUCACCUCCUGGUUCUGGUAGUCGAUUAGGACAGGGGCACAGUGUUAGAGAUAGGAGCAUAGUAAGGAAUGCUGAUGUUCGGAGGGUUCCUGAUUCUAAGAAGACUCUUGCCAGGAACACUUCUGAGGAUUCAGUUUUCGAAAGAAACGAUAAUGAUGAGUGUUUCCAAGCAUGCCAUAUUGGAAGCAAAGAUAUUUCUGAUCUUGUAUGGAAAGCAGUCCAAGCUGCUGAAGCUGAAGCCAGAUCAGCCAAUGCACCUGAAGGAGCUGUCAAAGCAGCUUCUGAUGCUGCUGCUGACCUAGUUAAAACUGCAGCUUCAGAGGAAUAUACCACUAAUGAUGAAGAAGCAGCUGUUUUGGCUGCUUCGAGAGCUGCAUCAACUGUUAUUGAUGCUUCAUCUGCAGUGGAAGUUUCUAGGAACUCUGUCAGCAUCAAUAGUGAGGCAGAGAAUGGAAGUGGCCGAGAAACAGAAUCUAGUGAGGAUGUUGAAGAUUACUUCAUCCCAGACAUUCAAUCACUUGCAAAAUUGAGGGAAAAAUAUUGCAUUCAGUGCCUUGGGUUACUUGGGAAAUUGAUAGAAAUUCUUGGCCCUGUGUUGCAUGAGAAUCCGGUUGAUGUGUGCCUUGCACUUCUGCAGCAGAAUUCUAAGAAUGAGGAAGCAUCCAAAGUUGCUUUACUGUUGCCUGAUAUCAUGAAGCUAAUCUGUGCUUUGGCAGUACAUAGGAAAUUUGCUGAGUUAUAUGUGAAAUGUGGGGGAAAAAAGUUGCUAGCUGUCCCUAGAAUGACUCAAACUUUUGUUGGCCUUUCUUCUUGUCUAUUUACUAUUGGUUCUCUUCAGGGGUUAAUGGAAAAGGUUUGUGCGCUUCCAUCUGAUGUUGUUUAUCAUGUGGUUGAGUUGACUCUCCAACUCCUCGAGUGCAAUCAAGAUCAAGCCCGGAAGAAUGCCACACACUUCUUUGCUGCUGCAUUUGUUUUCAGAGCAGUUAUUGAUGCUUUUGAUUCUCAGGAUGGCUUACAGAAAUUGCUGGGCCUUCUAAAUAAUGCUGCAUCUGCAGAAGCGCUGGCAUCAUCUGAGGAGCAGGUAGCCUACACUUGUGACGCUUUGCGGCAAUAUUUCAGAGCACAUCUCCUCUUAUUAUUGGAUUCCAUUCGUCCCAACAAAAGCAAUCGUAGUGCUGCUACAAAUGUUCCAAGUAUAAGGGCAGUGUACAAACCACUCGACAUUAGUAACGAGGCAAUCAAUGCAGUAUUCCAACAAUUACAGAAAGAUCGGAAGCUAGGCCCUGCAUUUGUGAAAACACGUUGGCCAGCAGUUGAGAAGUUUGUGUCAUAUAAUGGACAUACUACUAUGUUGGAAUUGUGUCAGGCCCCACCUGUGGAUGAUUUGCAUCAGUAUGCAUUGGGUAUUCUGCACAUUGUUACAUUGGUACCUAGCAGUCGUAAGAUGAUUGUAAAUACAACACUAAGCAAUAACCGUGCUGGGAUAGCUGUAAUUUUGGAUGCAGCAAAUAUUCGUAAUCGCGUGGACCCUGAGAUAAUUCAACUGGCGUUAAAUGUUUUAGUCUACCUUGUUUGCCCGCCUCCUUCAAUCAGCAAUAGACCAUCUGGAGUUACGCAAGGUCAGCUGUUUGUGUCUUCCCAAACCUCAAAUGGUCCACCCUCAGAGACUAGAGAUAGAAAUGCUGAACGUAAUACAAUUGAUCGAGUUGUUCAUGUCACCAGCCAGAUUGAUCCUAGGGAGAGGAAUGGGGACUCCAGUGCUGGCAGUGCUGUAGUACUUAGUGCACAAUCUGUUAAUAAUACUCCACAAACGCCUGUUCCUGCUGCAAGCUCAGGUUUGGUUGGUGAUCGAAGAAUAUCUCUGGGUGCGGGAGCGGAUUCUGCUGGCCUUGCUGCGCCACUAGAACAAGGAUAUCAUCAAGCAAGAGAGGCUGUCCGCUCUAAUGAAGGUAUAAUGGUUCUUCUGCACCUCCUCCAACCACAUAUAGAUUCAUCUCUUGCUUCUCUGGACUGCCUUCGCGCUCUAGCGUGUCGAGUCUUGCUUGGCUUAGCCAGAGAUGAUACUAUUGCCCACAUAUUGACUAAGCUUCAGGUUGGGAAAAAGCUGUCAGAACUGAUUCAAGAUUCAGGUAGCUCGACACUUGGAACCGAGCAGGGUAGGUGGCAAGCUGAACUUUCCCAGGCUGCAAUUGAGCUAAUUGGGAUUGUGACUAAUUUAGGGGGUGCAAGUACAUUAGCUGCUACAGAUGCAGCUAUUCCUACGUUGAGGCGCAUAGAAGGAGAAGCUAUAGCUGCUGCUACUCCUAUUACAUACCAUCCAAGGGAACUCUUGCUCCUGAUUCAUGAAUACCUACAGGCAUCUGGAUUUGAACAAAUUGCUUCUGCACUGCUUAAACAGGCUCAGUUGACUCGUUUGCCAUCAUUGAUUGCCCCAUCUUCUCUUGCACAACAACCCCUCGCACAGGAAGCUUCUUCAACACCAAUUCAGUGGCCCUCUGGUCGUACUCCUUCUGGAUUUCUCACUCGUACUCCUUCUGGAUUUCUCACUAGCAAAUUAAAGUUUAAAGCGAAGGAUGAGGAUUCCAGCUUGAAAAGUGAUGCUAUCUCUUCAAAGAGAAGAUCAGUGACUUUCUCAUCAUCUUUUGGUUCACAUUCAAAACACCAACCUGAUGACUCUCAGCAGCCAUCAGUCAGAAAAUGGUCAAGUACUGGGAAAGAGUCUUCAGAAACUAGUAUAAUAGGGACUCCAUCUGAAUCUUCGGUGAAACAUAACAUUGAUGCUGGAUCUCAGUAUAAGACUCCAAUUAUCUUGCCAUCAAAACGUAAGUUAUCUGAUUUGAAGGAUAUACCAAUGUUUUCAUCAUCUGGAAAGCAACUUAAUGUUGGGGAUCAAGGACUUCGCUCUCCUGUUUGUUCAAGUGUUGUUCGUAAAAGCAGUCUGCAGAUUGAUGCUGUUGGGACAUCAUCAUGAUAUUCCUUAAUCCACUUCAGCCCUUCCGAUUCAAUGCUGCUUUGGAAUGGCGUGUUAUGGGAUCGCCGGGUCUCUGAGCCUGCUGGCAAUGAGGUUAUUAUAAACUCUGAAGUUUGGGAUCUGCGCAAGUUCAGACUUCUACGCAUUGUUCCUUCAUUAGAUAAAACAACAAUAACAUUCAAUGCACGGGUUGAUGUAAUGUAUGCGAUCUUAAGGAGAAAUCUUGAGGUUGUGAUGUCGGCAUUCGACACACGCCGUGUCAAGCACCCACUUUUUGCAGCUUUCCGCACAGUGGAUGCAAUUAAUUAUUCGGACAUUGCUACUGCCCCUGUUGAUCGCUGUGUUCUUGAUUUUGCAACUGAGCCAACAGAUUCAUUUGUUGGGCUGAUAACCAUGGAUGAUCAAGAUGAGAUGUAUGCAUCAGCCAGAGUAUAUGAAAUCGGUCGUCGGAGGCCAACUGAUGAUGAUUCUGAUCCUGAUGAUGCUGAAAGUGAAGAAGAUGAUGAUGAUGGAGAUCCUCUUUUAGGCCCUGGUUUUGGCAGAGAAAGCGACAGUGAUGGUGAUGACAUGAGCAAUGAUGAUGACGAUGACGAUGAUAGUGCAAGUGACAUAGAUGAUGAAGAUGCAGAUUUCAUUUCAGACGAUGUAGACUUUGACGGAGAAACAGGCUUAUUAGACAUUGUGGGAGAAGGUGAUGAGGAUGAUGAUGAUACUCAAGAACUUGAGUCUGUAAGUAGUGACGAAGAGGAAUUUGAGGAUAAUGACUUUGGUUAUUAAUUUGAGAGACUGUAAUUACUUUUUGAGUAAAAUACACUCACCCCCCUCAAGGUUUGUAAGAAUGACACUCCACCCCAUUCUUUUUUUAAA